AUGACUGUAUGUAACUUUUUUCUUCAAGGCCGUUGUCGCUAUGGCGAAAAAUGCUGGAACGAACAUCCAAGAGGAGGAGGAGGAGGUGGUGGCGGAGGAUAUAACAAUUAUAACCGUAAUUCGGCUCCGCAACAUUCUAGAGGAGGAGGGUUUGGCAACAAGGUCUGGAUAAAUCCCUCUCAGCAGAAAGGAGGCUUCAACCAGCAGCAGUCCCAACGUGUGAAUGAUCACUGGGGUGGGAGAGGACAGGAUGUGAAGAGCUCUGAAUUUAGCUUCUCUUCUCAAAACAGAUUUUCAGCACUCAACAACCAAAACAACUUUGACAGGGGAGGUAGGGGAGGAUUAGGGAGAGAAACGACAGGAGCUGGUGAAGAUGAUGAUGAACAUAAGCUAGAGACCAUUCAAAGCGACAUGAAAACUUGGGAGAGCUCAGGCCAGUGGGGCUUCUCAUGUUAUUCUAAUUUCAAGGCACAAUUAUCAGGUUUUACGGAUUUGUCUCCAGAAGAGCUGAGGCUUGAAUAUUACUCUACCAAAGCAUCAGGAGAUCUACAGAGUUAUUUGAAUGGGGUCAAUCUGUUGCUCAGUCAAUGGAGAAGUAGAGUUCAGGAUCUGCUGAUAAUGAAUCCAGCCACUCGUGCAGCUUUGCUUGCCGAACUAAAAAAUCCAGCACAUCAGGCAUCGUCAAGUGCCUUUGGCUCAACAUCCGAUGGAUUUGGAUCUUCUUCAUUUGGUUUUGGCAGUCAAGGAUUUGGAGCAGCACCAGUCCAAGCAAGCACUUUUAGUUUUGCUGCUCCAGCGGGUGGAUUUGGCUCUUCACCAGCACCAGCAUCCGCACCGUCUUUCGGAGGUGCCAUUUCAGCCCCGGCUGGGUUUGGCGCCCCCUCCUCUUUCUCUGGUUUUGGUUCUGCUGCUCCUUCAGCCGCAUCGUUCUCCUUCACUUCUUCAUCCAGCAGUCAACCGCCAGCUUCAGCUUCAGGAUUUGGCUCGGCCUCAGGUUUCAGCUUCUCCUCAACUGCUACCAAUAGCAACAACAACAACAAAGUAGCCUUUGGAAGCACUUUUGGGUCUGUGGCACCUACGGGAAGUUUGUUCGGACAGUCGAGUGCUACUGCAGCCUCUGCUGGGGGCGCCUCGGACAGUCUGUUCUCCGCCAAUAGUGAACUGACCCCUGAAGAGCUGGAACAGUUCAAAGCACAGAGGUUCACUUUGGGACAGAUUCCUUUGAAGCCCCCUCCUGCUGAAAUGCUUCGGGUUUGA